AUGGCGGACGAAUGUGACGUUCUUGACAGUUGGGAAGACCAAGAAGAUAGUGGUGCACUUGACAAGCGUCUUAAUGACAUACAAGUGACCCCAGAAAAAUGUGAUAUCCUGUUCACCACUCAGUCCGACCUGCGAGAAGACAGUGGACGUACUGAAUACACACCACAAGUGAGGAUACUGAAGAGGGAGCCAGUGUCAGCCAAAGUAAACCAUCCAUCCCAUAAAGCCCGUACCAGUAUCAACAGUAGCCAGUCUCACUUGCAUGGCAAGAGCUUGGAACAACGGGAAGCUGAGUACGCGGAAGCACGACUGAGAAUCUUUGGAACCACCGCAGAUUUACCAGAAGAAGAUGCAGCAGGGGAUGGGGAAAGCACAGAGCUGCGGCCAAAGAUGCUAGUUAAGAAAAGUGAAAACAAUACUCCACUGGGUAACGAGGUGAGUCGGCAGCCACGCGGUCCUGACGGGACGACUGGUUUCAGCACAGGAAGAUAGCAGACAGUGUGGAAUGAUAACACUCCGAGACACUUCGUCUGUCCCACCAGCUGUAACACUAACGUUCACCACUGUUGAACUACAUGUAUACUUAACAGUCUGAAAAACAAAUGUUAUUAUUAUUAUCUUCUUAUUUAAGCCAAAAGUUAAAUAAGUAUGCAAAUUUUAUUUAUUAAAACUUUAUAAAGUCUAACUUAUAUAAAAUAAUACAGUUUUCUUGAUUUUAGUAUUUAAUUUUCUCAUAUUUUUAAUACUUUAAUCUGUAAAUAAAUCAAAGUUAAAGAAAGUAAUAUCUAAUAAUAUAAUUAAACGUAUCCUCAAAUAAGUCCUAUAAUACUGGCAUUGUGCGAUGCAUGUAACAAUAUGAAUAGUGCUGUAGAGCUUUGAAAUGUAAAAUUAACAUUUGAGACAAUAACGUGUGUUUAUUGAAUAUGGUGUUUAGCCGACACCUUAGUAAAAUAGCUUUACUUGAUCACUGGGAGUUUAAUUACUAGUGUCUUUUUUCCAGCAGGGUAUAAGCUGGACCCAAAAUAAUUAACAAUUUGAGAAGUUUGACCGGAAAACCUGCAGCCAAAUUCAAGAAAUAGUAAUACAUUUACAAAUGACACACUUUUUUUUGUUAUCUUUUUGGGGCAAAUUAUUAAUGAAAUAUUCACCAAAUUUAACUUUAAUUGACCAGCCUCUGUGGUGUUGUGGUUAAGCCAUCGGACAUAAGGCUGGUAGGUACAGGGUUCGUAG